CACUGGGAGGCACGGCUGGUGUGGUCAACUCGGCAUGGGCAAGAGCGGUUGUCGCGACCACGUGCGUCCGACUCGCGGUGUCGCAAUGUCCAGCGCGGUGUCGUAACGCGUGCCCUCGCAGGCACGAGACUCCAAUGUCGUGAAACCGCGGGUCGCUCUGUGAGAAAACAAACAAUCACAACAACAAUACCGACACGUACCAAGCACACACGUCGCUAUGCACUCUGCGAUGCGCUUUGCUGCAUUAUUAAUUGAGCUCUACACGACACUAUAUUGAACACGUUUCGCUACACUCAACUCAAGUCUACACUCAGCACUAAACUCUGCACUCGACUCUCGUACAUUCUCCCACUCUACUCCACCGUCUUAUCCCACUCAGCUGUAGGUCGGCGCUCGACUCGCCUCUGCCGGGAUCAUCUCACGUCUUUGUCUCACCGGAGAAGCGCGUUCCCUUCGAGAUCAUCGCUGCGUCUCCCGCAAAGGAUCAUCGCCUCGUCCUCUAUUCGAGAAAUGUAGUUGUUGUUGAUCUCCUGGAUACAUUGUAUGCUGAGCCAGGUAUCUCCCCCUUGGGCAGAGUUAUUUUCUGUUUGCUGAGAUUGUUUGAUUCCUUGAACGCGUUGCACAUUUGCCAGACCAAAAAAAAAAGCCCCUUAGUUUUCCCGGCCAACUUCAUCAUCUGCCGGGCAACUUCUUUCUUAAUCGUCUGCCGCCUAAGCCGCACAACCUAUAUCGGAGCCAAGUCACUUGGACCCGGCGAGAGCAAGCCCUUCGCGUCCAGCUUGCGGCAAAACAUCUCCCGAUGAACGAGUCGCAGGAGCAAUGCGCGACCAUCCCAGUCGGCAGUUCGGCUACCCCAGCCGCUCUAAUGUUCUGCGUCGGCGUGGUCGGCAACGGUGCCGCCGCCUCCAUCCUCUGGUGCUCGCGUCCCGACAGCAAGCGCAGCGUCUUCUUCACUCUCGUGUGCGCGCUCACCGCCACCGACCUGCUCAGCACCCUGCUCUCCAGUCCGGUCGUGCUGACCGCCUACAGCCGCAACAGCACCCUGCGGGAGCUGGGCGGCGACUCCCUGUGCCUCUACUUCACCUGCUGCAUGCUCUUCUUCGGCGCGGCCACGAUGGGCAUCCUGUUCGCCAUGGCGUUCGAGCGCUGCCUCUCGCUGAGCCACCCCUACGCGUACAGGAGGCUCGUGCGGCGAGCCGGAGCCCUCGGGGCGCUGGCCGGCAUCUACCUGCUCAGUCUGCUCGCCUCGCUCAUGCCCGUGAUGCGCUUCGGCCGCUCGCGCAUGUACAAGCCGUGCACGUGGUGCUACGUGGAGAUGCGCCACGAACCGGGCUACUCCGUGCUGUACGCGCUCUUCCUCUCGGCACUCAUCGUGGCCGUGCUCGCGUGCAACGCGUCCGUCAUGCUGUCCCUGCACGCCAUGCGGAGGCGGCUGCUGUCGUCGGCACCCCCCGCCGCCUGCCGGGGGUGUCAGCAGCCCCGCACGCUGUCCCUGCGACGCAAGUUGUCCCUGCACCGCCGGAUGAAGUACGCGCGCGGGGUCGAGGUGGACAACCUCGUACUGCUCGUGGUCAUGACGCUCAUCUUCCUCAUCUGCUCGCUGCCCCUCACGGUGAGCGCAUUCAUCAAUGCGAUCGACCCCGGCAACAACAACUUCGGGAGGGACCUGACCGGCCUACGCUUCGCCUCCUUCAACCCCAUCCUCGACCCAUGGAUCUUCAUCAUCUUCCGCCGGUCGGUGUUCGAGCGCCUGCGCUCUGUGCUCUGCUACUGCCUCGUGCUGCCGCGGCACAAGCGCAACGCGGCUUCCGCCAGCCUCCACCUCCACUCCGAGCCGCCGUCAUCGCUGCCGCCCGGCGCUGCCCAUGACCCUGCGUCGAGCUGCCAUUUCAAUCCGUGGCGGUCGGAUUCGUGCGCGAGCAAUUGUGCGUGCGACGCGUCACGCGGGCGGCCCUGGCAGGCCGACCCUGGUCCAGGCGGUCACGUGUGCACGAGCGAUCCGUGCGACCUGCGAACUCGGGAGGCGAAGGCAGUCCCCCACGGUUGCGAGUGCGCACGCACGGCGUUGAGCAGCCAGCCUCGGCACGUGGGUCCCCGUCCUGGCGCCUGCGCGUGCACAAGCGCGGCGGACGGCCCAACGUUGGACCGCCAACCUCAACCUUGGCGGGCGGACUCCGGCCCACUCGGCCAUUGCGUGCGCGCGGGCGCCGCGGGUGGCCCGCGCGGGCUGCCGGGAUCGACAGCCGGCGCCGCCGUCCUGGCGGCUGGGGAAGCCUGCGCCGAGGACGUCGCUGACGUGCAGAUGUCCCUGCCGUGAGGGCGUGGGAACGUCGCUCGCGGUCGUGAACCCGCGACCGGUGGGCACUCUUCCCGGCGUCCUGACUGGAAGCGUUUAAAUUGACACUGGGAAAAAAAUCUUCCCACGCAGUGCGUGUUCUGGAAAACUUAUCCGGUGAAACUCGCGAGCGAGUAUCGCAUCGUGACGGUUUUUAAUCCGCUUCAAAGGUCGCCUGUACAGAUGUCCGCGUUGCUUGCGUCGGCGAAGGGAUCAGCAGCUGUAAUCGCGGGGUGGUUUAUUCGGCAUGCGUGCGGAAUAAUUUUCAUUAGUGGUGAAACGUGACUGCAAUUCACGACGCUGUGUAGGAGCGUAAAGUCUUUUAUGUCAGGAAAUACAUGAUAACGUGUGUUGCUACAGCACAGUUAAAUAAGACACUACGUGCCAAACUGUUGCUUCUUUUGAAUUAUUAAACGUACAAAUAUUGUCCCACUGUACAUUAUAUUACCAUUGGAGUGUAUAGUCACGCUUAGAAUUUUGCUAUUUCCAUAAGACUAUUACGAUACUACUUUAUUAUUUACCAGCUAAAGCCCACUGAGCCUUUAGCUGUUUUAUAAAGGCAACCUGGCCACACGUAAUAUCUCUUCGAAGUGGCUUAUAUCAUCAUCAUACGUGGCAGUUUAUGGCAGCAGCCAAAUAAUCUGAACG